AAAAAGAGAAAAUCAUAAAAUUCUCUCCUUUGCUGACUACAAAGACUUCCUCUUUUGCUCUCUCUCUCUCUCUCUCUCUUUUUUUUCUCUGCUUUUGCAAUCAAUGAAUGCACCAAUCUCUCUGACACGCUGACUCCUUGUAAUUAUUAUCACCUCUCUUCUCUCUCUCUCUCUCCCCCCCAAAUCUGGUGCUCAGCUUCUGCUACUGCUUGUGCUUGUGCUUAUGCUUCUUGCAAAGAAACGUGAAAUUUUGCAAACAACGAAGCUGGUUUUGUUAUCCAUCUAAGGAACCCUCAAUGAAUUAUAUUUGACCAAGUUUUAAAGAUUCCUAAUCGAUACAUUUGCGGUGUAAAGUGGCCCGAGGUCUGAUGUGCCGGAAUCUUUGGUGUGAUAGUCUUUGGUUUGGUUGACCAUUCCAGAAACUGCAUAUAAUUUCACAUGAGAUCGGUACUGGCUGGAGGAGGAACCUAGUCCUUUUAGCAUCAUCAAAUGUCUUCUUCCUGGAGCUGAGGACAUGGGUUGCUGUGUCUCCACUCGUCGUCGGAGUACUUCCAGUACCAGGAGCCAUGGGGAGGGGUUUUCUCCUACGUGCUUUGAAAUUGGAUUCUGUGGGCAGAAGAGAACAUUCUCAGAUCAUGUUAUUGCACUGCAGCAUUUACACUCAGUACCAAACAGGAUUUUCACAAAUGGAAAGAGCAGAACAUCUUGCAUAUUCACUCAGCAGGGUCGCAAGGGAAUAAACCAGGAUGCCAUGAUUGUAUGGGAAGAUUUCAUGUCAGAAGAUGUGACCUUCUGUGGUGUCUUUGAUGGACAUGGUCCUCAUGGUCAUCUUGUUGCUCGUAAGGUGAGAGAUUCCCUGCCCUUUAAGUUGCUGUCCUCCAUGGAUACUUAUCAGUCAAGGCAAAAUGGGUCAGGCAGAACAUGUUUCAAGGGCGAUUCAAAUAAAUCAGAUGUUGGAGAUUCUGAGAAGGAUGGCUAUGCUGAGGAUACAUUAAAUUCUUUAUGGAGGGAAGCAUUCAUGAAGUCAUACAAGGCCAUGGAUAAAGAGUUGAGGUCCCAUCCUAAUUUGGACUGUUUCUGUAGUGGUAGCACUGCUGUUACUAUAGUGAAACAGGGCUCCAAUCUUUUUGUGGGGUAUAUUGGCGAUUCUCGAGCAAUUAUGGGAUCUAAGGACAGCAACGAUUCAAUGGUGGCAAUACAAUUGACAGUUGAUCUGAAGCCUGAUUUACCAAGGGAAGCUGAAAGGAUUAAAAGGUGCAAAGGUAGGGUGUUUGCAUUGCAAGAUGAACCUGAAGUACCUAGAGUGUGGUUGCCAUUUGAUGAUGCUCCUGGCCUAGCAAUGGCUCGAGCUUUUGGGGAUUUUUGUUUGAAGGAAUAUGGUGUUAUCUCUAUACCUGAAUUUUCCCACCGGCCCCUUACAGAGAGAGAUAAAUUUAUUGUUCUUGCCUCAGAUGGGGUUUGGGAUGUAUUGAGCAAUGAAGAGGUGGUUGAUAUUGUAUCCUCAGCUCCUACCCGGUCAUCGGCUGCCAGGAUUUUGGUUGACUCAGCUGCACGGGAAUGGAAAUUAAAGUACCCUACUUCAAAGGUGGAUGAUUGUGCAGUUGUUUGCUUAUUUUUGGAUGGGAAAAUGGACUCAGAAUCCGAUUUUGAGGAACAAGGCUUUUCUUCUGCAACCCUUCAGAGUAAUCAUUCCUGUAAUGCUGUUGAAUCUGAUGAUGGUCAGAAGUUGGAGCCGUCUUUGCAUAGGAAUUUUACCGUUAGAUCAUCAGAAGAAAGUGAUAGUUACGGAAGACUAGCACCAGAGUUUGAAGGAGAUGUUGAUAUAGUUGCAGGUGAAGAUCAAAACUGGUCAGGUUUGGAAGGUGUCACACGAGUGAACUCACUCGUCCAGCUUCCAAGAUUUUCCGAGGAAAGGCCAAACCCAUAAAUUUUGUUUUCUGUAGUAACCAAACUGGACUGCUUUUGUUGUAUUAUUUUGCAAGGAAAAGGUAGUCCUUGUUAAUUGGUGGCUAAUGUGUUCAUGUUGUGCGAGUAAAAUCCAUUGGAACAGCAAUUUGAUCUGUUGUAUUGAACAGUAAGAUUUUAGGGAAAAAAAAGGCUUUGUUAAAGUUA